AAAUAAAAUGUCUACUACCCUCAAUUAUUUGCUCAUUUUUUCUUUUUUUGCCUUAUUUCCUUUUUAUUGUUUGUCACUUAAUUGUUUUGAAUGUUUUGAUAACUCACAAUUGUGUACGAGAUUUACAAAUUGUUCAGGAUCUGCAUGUGUUUUGUACGAAAAUUCACUAAAUCGUUCUUCCGUUGCUUUUUGUCUCUAUUUUGCUGCAGAACUCCAAGGUUCCAAUUUACUGACCGAGGAAGGUUGUUGGCAUGACCAUGAAACUAAUGGAAUACAAUGUUUAUGUCAAAAAGAUUUUUGUAAUUCCCCAAGGAAUUUGUGGACAUCAGAUCCAAACAAACCUCCAAUUGAAGGGCUUAAAAUGCUUAAAAGAAAUCCUUUUGUGGAUUAUGAAUAUUUGGAAGAGGAAAAUUCUGCUGGAAAGAAAUCUUCGUCUUCCUCCUCCUCUGAAAGUAUUAAUUCAAUAAUUUCAUCGCUUGAUGCUUCUGAAAAUGAAGAUGAAAGGGAUUUAGUGCCAAUAAAUUUCGAAGAUUAUAUGAGUUUGUUGGAAAAUAAUUCUGUCAAGACAACUCCAAAUCCUAAUAUAACAACAGAAAAUAAUAGUAUUCAAAACGUGCAAUUUUCUUCAGCAAUAAUUAAUGGAAUUAAUUAUUAUUUAUUUUACUUAAUAUAUUUUCUUUUUUUAUUUUUAAUUAUUUAA